AUGCCGCGCCACCUCGGCCUCCACGGCGCGAUCGCCGCCGGCGCGUCGCGCCACCUCGCCCUGCACCACGGCGGCGUGAUCGCCGCCGCGGCGCCGGCGGCUGCGGCGUUCCUGGCCGUGUGCGCGCUGGCGCUGGCGCUGUGCGCGUCGCACUCGGGGGCGGGGGCGGCGGCCACAGAGCGGCUUCGGCGCGCGCUGGCGAGCGUGAGCCGCCGGAGGACGGACCCGGUCAUCAGCAUCCACCAGGUGCAGCCCGGCGGCGUAGGGGCCGACGCGUCCCCGCCGCCGUGCGUCUGGCAGAAAGGGAUCCUCAUGGGAGGGAAGUGCCAGCUACCGGACUUCUCCGGCGUCAUCAACUACGACCCCGCCGGCAACAUGGUGGCUCCCGGCCGUCCUCGGGCCGUGCCGGCGCUUGGCUGGUGAUCGACGCCAUGAACUCGUCCAAUCGAGAGUGACGUGUGUGUUGUACGUGUGGCGUGGACUCGUAGAAGUAAUCUGCUAUUUAGAGUGGCAUCCAACAAUGUGCUGGAGUGGAUUUCUUUCCUUGCGAUGUUCUGUGAAAGGGCAAAUUCCUAGUUUCAUAGCCUUGGGGUGACGAUCUCAUUAAUUUUCUCUUGGGACUUGUGUAUUCCUCUUUUCAUCGAGAAUCUCCUGAUGUACCUGGUCUCCAGCUGAAA